CAUCCAUUUUGUCUUGCAGUCACCAGAGAAGUACCUUGCAUAUGAAUGUUUUUCCUAAACUGUUAUUUGCCAGAUUGGAGUGGCCUGCUUCUUUUGCCAGCCUCUCUCUGUCCCCCAUUUAUGAAAGUAGAAUUUCAGUUCUGGAGUUUUGCUCUGAGUCUGUGUCUAUGAGCAACAGGCCCGGUCCACAUUCUGCUUUCUGAAAUAUUCUCCUGACAUCAUUCAAUAAAAUGCAGUCUGAGUCGUUGCUUCCUAUAGCAUAAAUGAUGAAACAGUGAUUCACAUUCUGACUUAAUCCUUGUUAGUAGAUAACUUGGCAAUAUAACCAAGGCUAAGAACUAACCAUUGUGGCCACAGGGCAAGGAGAACCCUCUACUCACCAAAGGGCCAGUAGACAAUCAUCUCAGAGCCCAAGGGCUGAUACCAUCAUGCUUUCUUGGGUAGCCUUCCCCAGCCUUAUACUGCUUUGGGCAGAUGUUGUAGUUUCUCAGACACGCGUGACUGGAGUGGUGGGACAAACUGUCAUGCUACCCUGUAGCUACUCUACAGCUCGUGUAAUUGCACCUAUGUGCUGGGGCCGAGGAUCAUGCCCUUUAUACAGAUGCUCAGAUUCAGUUGCAUGGACUGAUGGCUACCGUGUCACCUUUACGAAGGACAAGCGUUAUAGGAUGAAUGGAAUCAUUUCCAUAGGGAAUUUGUCUUUAACCAUAGAGAAUGCAGCCCUGUCUGACACUGGCAUCUAUUGUUGUCGUAUUGAGUUCAAAGGGUGGUUUAAUGAUUAUAAAAAGAAUAUAUGUUUGGAGAUAAAGCCAGCUCCAACCACUGCUCCACCACCACAUAAGGUCCUCACUUCUGCUCAUACAACUCCAGCGACCAUGAAGAACCUCAAGACAGCUCCACCUAAGGUCACCAGUGUUCCAACACCACCUAAGGUCACCAGUGUUCCAGCACCACUUAAGGUCUCUACCUUUGCUCCUACAACUCUAGCACCCACACGGAACCUUCAGAUAGCUACACCUAAUGUCACCAUAAUCCCAACAUCAUCUACUGGUAUGAUUUCCACCUCUGCUACUGCCACGCCAGCACGCAUGCAGAAAUUCAAGAUGGCUCCACCUAAUGUCACCAUGGGCCCAACAUCACCUAUGGUCUCCACGUCUGCUUCUACAAAGCCAGCAGGAGGUCAGCGGAAAUUCAAAACAGAAACCACUUCAUCUUCUGCAGUGCAGACAACAGAAAUCCAGCCUCUCACACCACAGGAAACAAGUACGACCAGCUCAUCAUUGAACUCUUCUUUCUCAACGGAUGGGAAUAGCACUGUGUCACAAGAUUGCAGUUGGCAAUGCAAUAAAACUCACACGGACUUGAAACAAAAUCCAAGCUUGAGCACCAAUAAGUCACUCUCCAUUGGACUCUCCAUUAUUGCUGUGGUAUUAUUGCUCACUAUUUUGGCUGCCUUAGUUCCCACAAAAUAUUUAUGUCGGAAAAGAAACGUGUUGCAAAGAAGCAAAGAACCUCAGACCGCUACUUUGCAAAAUGAAACUGCAGUGUGCUACCAAGCACAUGAAAAUAUCUCCUUUAAGAACAAGCUUUACAACGUGCGUUAAGACCAGCGGUUCUUCACGACUUUAGGCCCUUGACUCCAGAAGGCAAUGACCAGAUCUUACCAUGUCUGUCCUUAUAAGCUCCAGGAUGAUUUUUCUGUCCAUAUUUCACGGCAUUAUAGCAUGUCAGUGAUGUUGGUUAGAGUGUCUUUAGCUCAUCAGUGUCUAGUCACCCUUAUUGGUAAUUAGUCUUAAUUUUUUAUACUAAAAUUGGCUCAGUCUUUCUGGUCAUAGCAGAGCCCUCUCCCAAAUAUGAGCUUAACACUUUAGAAUUGUGUAUUCUGUUUAGACUUUAUGAGCCAUGUAUCCAUCAAGAAUUCUCAUUGGGAAGACAAGAAAUGAACCAAUACUUUGGUCACCAUAAAACAUUGGAAUAGGACUUAAAAUCAGAAAAUCUGAUUUGGUCCUUAAAUGAGUUCACUUGGAAGCAUUUUUUUUUUUCUCUUGCAACUCAUAAUGUUAAACUUCUUAAGUUACUGUAGGCUUUCAAAUCAUGGAGGUUCACAAGUUUUUAUUUACCUGGUGGGGAAAUAAAGUUGGUGUGGUUCCCCAUUAGAUCUUUUUUGGCUCUGAAAAUAUAAGGUUUUAAGUGCUUCCCCUGGGACUAGGAUGGGGUUUUUAGUAGUUAGAAGGAGCUAGGAUGUUUAGUGGAUGAAGUAAUAAAAAAUCCAAUUGCCAUGUGAUUUAACACAUGUAUGCUAUUUUUGCUACAUCUGUGUCAUAGUUCCAGGAACUCGUAUAGACCAGUGUCAGAAAAUCUGAAUGAAUUUUUAGAAUGAUGCAGGACAGAGAUAAAUAAAAGGAUAAACAAAAGGGAGAGAACAGGAAAAAGGCUUUCUGUUUAGAAAAGUAAGUUUGCAAAUAUAAUAGUGUUGUUUGAGAGUGUUUUUAGUUUCAACUGAAAUUCUAAAUUUUCCCCAACCACUUAAAUUAAGACAGGAACCACUAUAUGAUCCAAUAAUCCCACUCCUGUUCAUAUACCCAAAAAUCUCAAAAUCACAUAUUUGCAAAAUAUAUGCACCCUUAUGUUCAUUGCAGCAUUAUUCACAGAGGCUAAGACAUGGAAACAGCCAAAGUGCCCUGCGAUAGAGGGCUGGAUA